UGCUCAGAUGGGAAUUCGGCCCAGGACAACUCGUCCCUGAAGCGCGUGGCUGUGGUUGAAGACUUCUUCGACAUCAUCUACGCCAUGCACGUGGAGAUGGGCGCCGAUCCAGGCCGAGCGCCCAAACACGCCGGGCAAAAGAAGACCUACAAAGCGAUCGCAGAGACCUAUGCCUUCCUGCCCAGAGAGGCGGUGACUCGGUUCCUAAUGAGCUGUGGAGAGUGUCAGAAGAGGAUGCACAUUAACCCCAGCGCUGCCGAGUUCAAAGAAAAUGACCGGCCCACCUCCCUGGUCCCUGACCUUAUUGAUUACAACAUGCCUCUUACUGCCACCUACCUGAAGCAAAUGAAACUGCAGUGCAUGACUGCCACUGAGAGGGAUGACAGUUCGGUGAGCAGCGAGGACAUGAACAACGCUGAGCCCACAUGGGUCGCAGCUGAGCAGCCAGCAGUGCCUGAGUCGAGCCCACCUAACGGGGAAAGAGUGAGCAACCAGACCACCAUCAUCAAAGAAGAGGACGAUGAUGACUCCUCUGAGAGCAGCAGCGCCAACGGGGUGCCGGCCCUGACCUCCCCCGAGGUGCUGCCUGCGAACCCCCCAGAUGGCGGGGCCUCCUACGGGGAGGUGACAGAGAACGGGCUGAGCGCUCCCCUGGACUUCAGCACCACCUCGUCGUCCUCUUCCUCAGAGGAUCAGCAGCCGGUCAAUCUGAGCGACAGACUGCUGCCCGCCGGGAGCUCGCCCCCAAACUCCUACCCCGCGGACUCCAACAAGAAGUACCCGGUGAAAACCGAGUUCACCAACAAGUCGCCUCCUUAUAGCUCAGGGAGCUAUGACUCUGUGAAAACGGAACUGAGCAUGAGCGCAGAGGACCUGACCUCUGGUCGAGCACAGAUUAUUGACGAUGACGACGACGAGCACGACGAGCACGACGACAGUGACAAGAUCAACGACGCCGAGGGGAUGGAUCCCGAGAGACUUAAAGCUUUCAAUAUGUUCGUGCGUCUGUUCGUGGAUGAGAAUCUGGACCGCAUGGUGCCCAUCUCCAAGCAGCCCAAGGAGAAGAUCCAGGCCAUCAUCGAGUCCUGCAGCCGCCAGUUCCCAGAGUUCCAGGAGCGCUCCCGCAAGCGCAUCCGCACCUACCUCAAAUCCUGCCGCCGCAUGAAGAAAGGCGGCUUUGAGAUCCGACCAACUCCUCCUCACCUCACCUCCGCCAUGGCUGAGAAUAUCCUAGCUGCCGCCUGCGAGAGUGAAACUCGAAAUGCUGCCAAGAGGAUGCGGCUCGAUGCCUACCAGUCCACGGAUGAACUCAUCUCUGUUGACAAAACCAUCACAAGGGAUCCGACAUCGGUUACACCAUCUGGGUUCUCUAUUUCCAGUGCAGCUUUUGCCCAAGACCAACUUUACACCAACGGAGGCCUCAACUACAACCUGCGGGGAUACGGGACAGUUGGCAGCAACCAGCAGAACUCUGGUGCUGCGCAAACCAACGGUCCCACCGAUCUCAGCAUGAAGUCUGUCGGCACAAACUCCUCCUCCUCGACCACCUCCAACAGUCACGGGCAGGGAAGCGGCGGGGGCGGGGCCUCGGCCCAGCUCAGCCCCCCGGAGGUGACGGCAGUGAGGCAGCUCAUCGCAGGCUACAGAGAGUCCGCGGCCUUCCUGCUUCGCUCUGCAGACGAGCUGGAAAACCUGAUCCUGCAGCAGAACUGAGCCAAACCGUGCCAACGCCCCCCUCCCCCCAGCCUGUCCAUCUCGGUCGCCCUGUGUCUCACACAUCCGAGCACACUUUCACACACGGAGACACAAUCGUACGCGAGUGAUACUUCAGUGAGUCCUGUAGGUAUGCUACCUUUCACUCCCCCCCACACAUGUUUGUGUAUUUGGACAGGCCCGAACAUAUCACAGGCUGAACAAUGUUUCUUUAUGCAUUUGGUUCACUUUGACCUUAGUGCCCUGUUCUGUGUAGCCAUUCAUCCCGUCCACUUCAUUUAUGCCACUGGAAACCUCCAUUUGUCUCAGGAAGUGAUGAUUGAUGCGUGUUGGCACACAGACUGAGGCGUCGAAUUAGCCGAACCACCGCGACAACGAAUUAGCGAGCUAGCGUCAUUCUGACUUUUCUGUUUUUCACGCUGUACAGUGGCUCCGUUUGAUUGGGCUGUCUGAAUCGAGUCGUCUCUUAAGUCCACAGAGGAAUCGCUGCUAAAAGAUGUGACGGCCGCUGCUCACCUCAACCCAUACCGACUGACUUAUGCCAAAAAGAAAACGGUAUAAAAUAUGUAGAAGGAAAAAAAAACACGACAAUGAGGGUUUGACCAGAAAAACACAACAAUCAACGUUGUCAAAUUCUGCCUUUUUAAAGUGAUUUUUCUGACAUUUUUACUUUAAGACUCGUGAGCAAACUGGACUUUCAUUUUGGUUUGUUUUAGUUAUUUUCAGGUUAAAUAUCUCAUUUUUCAUUGCUUAUGUAUCGGAGGGCUUUUAACAAGUGUGGGUAUGCAAACUGAAGUCACAGACGCCUGUCAGGGAAAAACAAAUAUGAUUAAUAUAAUGCUUGGUUAAAAACCAGUGCUACUAGAAAAUGGUUUAAAAAAGGGUGCAAUAUAGAAGAUAAUUAGCAGUGGUUAUUGAAAUGAAAACUUCACCACAAUCCUCUCCUGCUGUAACAGUAAGGCUGUAAAAAGAAUCCCGUGCAGCAUUGUAGCCAAUGUCAGAGCUGUUGUUCAUACUGACCUCAGAACUGAGGCACUUUCCACGUGCUGGGAUGGGAAAGGAAAAGGACACUUGAUGUUGCACGUUUUGUUUACUUUAACAUGUUUUUUGGAGGAUUGUUGGGUAAAAAAAAGUGUGUAGUGGGUCUAGUUAUGUUUAAAAAAAGAAAAGGCACAGAGAGAAGCUUACAUGCAUCUGUUGCUGGCAGAUGAAUGGAUGCAGAGUGAGGGCACAAAUAGGAUGCUCAGACGACGUCCACUCCUUUGCCUGUCCGUCUGUCCGUCUGUCUCUCUGUCCAUGUCGUCCUUUCUGACCUCAGCAGUGUCAAACUUUGAGUCACAUCUCCACUUUCCUCAUCGCAUCUGAAAAGAAGCAAGAGACAAUCUCUGAAAAAAACAACAACAAAACGAUGUAAUCGCAUCACAGUUUACUCUCCCAGCUUCCUGUUAUGCUGUGGGUGUGCGUGCGUGUGUGUGUGUAUUCGGCUGUGGUUGGACGACACGCGGGAGUUCUCAAAGCAGAUCUGGAGCACAGUCUCAACAAACUUCUACUGGUGAGUCACUCGGCACAAAGCUGCUGUGCGAGUCUGUGUGCGUGGUUUUCAGUUCUUAUAGUCUUACUGUUUGUUGCGUGAUGCUUUUGUGCAUUUUGUGUGUUUGUGUGUGUAAGUGGAGUGACCCAGUUUGUCCAACAUCAGUCUGUAAAGACUUUCAAACGGCUGAAACAUUCCAAACAAUGACAAUGACUCUUCAAGCAGCCCUCGGUGGUUUGCACCUUAAUGGUUUGUCAGAACUUAAGAGAGAUAUAUUUCUGUGUUUAUCACCAAUCUCUUUGCUUUUAUCAUUUUUCUGUUUGUCACAUAUUUAUGUUACUAGCAACACGUGUGUCCUAAAAUGACUAUAUUAUGUUCUUUUUUUUUUUAACCUUGUCAUGAUUGGGCUGCGUAAUGUUCACAUUUCAAACUGAUCAUCUAAGGUAAGGUAGGAAGCACUUUAAAGCUCAGGAUUAAAGAAACAGAAAACAGUGA